AUGCGCUUUGGACAGAACUUCCACCAGUACUUGGUGCCAGAAUGGGCACCGUUCUAUGUCCCCUACCCCUUGCUGAAAAAGUUAUUCAAGACAGCUGCCGGGAAUUCGAUCGGUGAAAGUGUGCACCCUGACUUUUCAGACGUGUACACAUUGCUGACCGAGAGCAUCGAUUCCUUCAACAACUUUCAUAAUAAAAACUGCAACCUCCUUACCGAAAGACAGACACAUCUUUGCACGAAAUACGCAUCUGUGCCGAGAGAAUACAUCUUUUUGGGAAAGAAGGAUGGGAAAGGCCGCGAAAAAUUGUACCUGCUUCAAGCAGUUGCGGAAAUUCGCCACGAUUUUGAGAAGCUGCAAGAUUAUUUUCGAGUGAAUGAAGAAGCUAUCCACAGAAUAUACGCCAAGAUUGAAAAAUCCACCGGUUUCGUUGAGCAAUUUCAUCAAAGACACAAAGCCAGCUGGGUCAAAUCCAAGAUUGGCCACCACACAUGUUUGAACUUCAUGCGAAGAUUGGACGACCUAACAACUAGCGUCCUUGGGGGCCCCUCUAAUAGAGAAGCCCCUUCAAAGAUUAUGCAAUCUUGCUACGAGAAAGCGUUCCCUGCAAAUGACGUUGUGUUGGAUAACAACCUUUUGAAUCAUGUCAUUACCAUGUGCAGUAGAGAGGAUGGCUCAAAAAUGAGCGGUGGAUUGAGCAAAGAGUCGCAGUGUGUCACUGGUGGACAGGAUGAGGAGAGAGGAGUCGACUUGUUCAAUUUCGCUGUUUGCCGGCUUGGCAUUCAUCAAAAGAAUGCCUUACUCGCGGAAGACACCUUUGGGCGGCUUUGCCUUCAUUAUGGCGCGAUUUACGGCUUGCCAUCCUCUAGUCAUGAAGCUCAGUGUCAAAACUUGUGGAACCGACUUAAUGGUCUUCUAAUUAUCGCCAUCAGAUACCAACAUGAUGACAUGGUGUUCCUUCUUGGAAAGAAUCAGAUUGAAUUUCAAGGCUGCCGCUCUAUUCACGGAGAAUCUGCCCUUUAUGUUGCCGCUCAAAUUGGGCGUGAAGACUAUGUGAAACUCCUGCUAGAAAACGGCAAGGAUCUCUACUUAGACAUCCCCGAAACACUACAUGGCUGGACACCGUUGUUUAUCGCUUGCGUGGAAGGCCAUAAGACCGUUGCGCAACUUCUCUUGCAGGCAGGAGCGAACCAAGAUAUACAUGAUCAUCUCGGCUGGGUGGCCAAAGAGCACGCAGCUUUGAGAGGUUAUCUGUCUCUGGCCGAAAUGCUGCGGCCAUGGGAUAUGAGUCAACUCACUGGCGGCCCUGCCAGUCAUUGUCAACCUUGGUAUCCUACGGAUUGGAAAAAGGAGAAAGCCGUGGACUUGAAGGGCCUCUUGCCAGAAAAGACAAAGUACACGAGCAAGCUAGCCUCCUUGGAUAUGUCGAUAUCGAUGGAAGGUAACGACAGCACGCUUCUAAAACUGCCCAUACUGAGUGAUGUGGUCAACGAACCAUUUGUGUUCCCAGUUUUGAGACCUAGUGAAGCCCGCCUGGUAUUCAAGUUCUUCCGUGUUGACGACUCCUGUGAAGGACUUCAACUAGUCGGAAGUGCUGCAGCUCUACUGGAAAGUGGCGGAGACUGCUUUGGAGCGAACCGCGAGAGCCUUGUCAGAGCGCGUACUAUUCCAAUUCUGGAAAAGAAGACGAUGGACGUGAUGGGUACUGUGACUUUCACCUUCGUCAUCGCAAAACCAGUGAUGAACUUGAAUUUACCUACAUCGGCCCAUCGUUCUACCACAGAGGGUGCUUUACAACUUGUUGGUCAUCGGGGACUUGGUCAAAACACUAUCAAUCACAGCCGUAUUCAACUGGGAGAGAACACAAUAGAGUCAUUUCUUUCUGCCGCCAAGCAAGGUGCAUCAUGUGUUGAGUUCGAUGUGCAGCUCACUCGAGACCUUGUGCCCGUCGUUUAUCAUGACUUUUCGUUAAGUGAGUCAGGAACUGAUAUUCCUAUCCACGAUCUGAGUUUCGAGCAGUUUAUGUACGCAAACCAACUUCGGUCACCCAGAGGCAUACCAACACAGGAGCUCAAAAAUAUGAGCGCACAAUACAUGUCGGAUGAAUCUGGUAGGGAGAAAAUCCGAUCACGGUCGCUGACAAGAUUCCAUGCACAAGAGACUCGUCAACAUCAGGACAGAAUGAAAUACACUGUUGACUUCAUGAAGAAAGGAUUGAAGCCGAAUACAAGGGGGCACUGUGUUCAAGAUUCUUUUACCACCCUGGAACAGCUGCUUGUGGAGUUGCCCGAGUCAAUUAGUUUCAACAUUGAGAUAAAGUAUCCCAGGCUUCAUGAAGCAGUCGAAGCCGGCGUUGCACCAAUUUCCAUUGAGAUCAACACCUUCAUCAACGAAAUACUCGCCCACGUCUGUCGUGUCAAGAGCGGAAGAAGAAUUAUGCUCUCCUCAUUUUCGCCUGAAGUUUGCAUUCUUUUGGCUAUCAAACAGAAUACAUACCCGGUGCUGUUUAUUACGAAUGCAGGAAAGUUACCAAUCUCAGACAUGGAGAUCAGGGCCAGCAGUCUACAAGCAGCAGUUCGUUUUGCAAAACGGUGGGAUUUGAACGGUAUUGUCUUUUCUUCUGAGACUUUGGUCAUGUGCCCAAGGCUCGUGGGAUAUGUCAAAAAUUCAGGAUUGAUUUGUGGUUCUUAUGGCCCUUUGAACAACGUCUCUGAGAACUCGAAAAUACAAAAAGAAGCAGGUAUUCAGAUGCUUAUGGUUGACGAAGUUGGAUCUAUCUCGAAAGCCUUGAAUGGAACUGCCAAUUGCUCGAGGACAAAUUGA